AGUACCAGCAGCAGUAGUACCAGCAGCAGUAGCAGCAAGCACAGCAGCAUUUGUAAGAAGAGUAGCAGCAGCAGGAGGAAGCACAGCAGCAUUUGUAAGAAGAGUAGCAGCAGCAGCAGCAGCAAGCACGGCAGCAUUUGUAAGAAGAGCAGUAGCAAGCACGGCAGCAUUUGUAAGAAGAGCAGAAGCAGCGAGCACAGCAGCAUUUGUAAGAAGAGCAGCAGCAGAAGCUGCAUCAAGCACGGCAGCAUUUGUAAGAAGAGCAGCAGCAGCAGCAAGCACAGCAGCAUUUGUAAGAAGAGUAGCAGCAGCAGGAGGAAGCACAGCAGCAUUUGUAAGAAGAGUAGCAGCAGCAGCAGCAGCAAGCACGGCAGCAUUUGUAAGAAGAGCAGCAGCAAGCACGGCAGCAUUUGUAAGAAGAGCAGAAGCAGCGAGCACGGCAGCAUUUGUAAGAAGAGCAGCAGCAGCAGCAAGCACAGCAGCAUUUGUAAGAAGAGCAGCAGUAGCAGAAGCAGCAGUAGUACGAGCAGCCGCAAGCACGGCAGCAUUUGUAAGAAGAGCAGCUGCAGUAGCAGCAGUAGUACCACCACCAGCAGUAACAGAAGCAGCAGUAGUACCAGCAGCAGUAGGAAAAGCAGCAUUAGUACCACCAGCAGCAGUAGCAGCAAGCACAGCAGCAUUUGUAAGAAGAGCAGCAGCAGCAGUAGUAGUAGCAGGAGCAGCAGCAACGACCGCAGUAGGACCAGUUUUAGUACCAGCAGUAGUAGUAGUAGUAGUAGCAGGAGCAGCAGCAACAUCAGCAGCAGGACCAGUUCUAGUAGCAGUAGCAGCAGUAGUAGUAGCAGUAGUAACAACACGUGUGACAGUAUCGGUACGAGCAGUAGAAGCAGCAGUAGGAGCAGCAAAAGCAGUAGCAGCAGGAGCAGCAGCAGCAGGAGCAGUGGUAGCAGGAGCAGCAGCAGUAGGAGCCGUAGGAGCAGUAGGAGCAGGAGUGGUUUUAGUAGCAGUAGUAGAAGCAUCAGAGGCACUAAUAGUUGGAGCAUUAGGAGCAGCAGUAGCAGUAGGAGCAGGAGCAGCAGGAGCAGUAGAACCUGGAGCAGUAGCAGCAGGAGCAGUAGCAGCAGGAGCAGUAGCAGCAGGAGUAACAACAGCAUUAGAAGCACUGGUAACAGUAACAGAUGAGGCAAGAAUAAGAGGAGCAGCAGUAAGAGCAGCAUUAGCAGGAACAGUAUUUGUAAUAGUAGGAGUAGAAGCACCAGGAGCAGUAAUAAUAGGAGCAGUAGGAGCAGCAGUGGCAGUAAUUGCAGGGGCAGUAGGGACAGUAAAACCUGGAGCACUAGCAGCUGUAGCAGUAGCAGCAGGAGCAGUAGCAGCCGAAGUAGCAGCAGCAUUACAAGCACUGGUAACAGUAACAGAUGAAACAACAACAGUAGGAGUAGCAGCAGCCGCUGCAGUGGCAAGAGGAGCAGAAGCAGGAGCUAUUGCAGUAGCAGGAGCAGCAGCAG